CGUUUAUCGGAUGGCAAAAGAAAAACUUAAAACCAAAAGUUAAUCACAACUUAAAUUAAAUAUAUUUACAACUACAAUGGAUUUGCAACAAUUGGAAGAAGAAGCACGGCAAGCAGCAUUGAAGGAUAUACAGAACAUGCUUCAGCGGCCAGGGCAGCUGGAGAAGGUGGAGCAAUACCGUCAUCGCAUUGCAAGAAAGAAAGCCUCCGUGGAGGCGUUGCUGAAGACCGGUAUGCAAAACCAGCUGGAGGGUGUUCGUGUUGGUCUUAAGCAGCUGGAGACCUGUAUGCAGGAUGUGCGCGAGGUGCGUCGCCGUAUGGUCGAAGUGGAGCGUCUGCUCGAAGGCGUGCCCGAAGUCUACGAUGCGCUGGAGGUGGUGCGCGAGGAGAAUACAAAGCACUCCCAGUACGCGACCGCGAUGGAGAACCUCAAGCAUAUUUUCAACGUGGAUGCGAGUGUACAGAAGACAAUGGCGCUCAUAGACGAGGACAAACUGUUGAAUGCGCAUCAGUGCCUGGCGGAUCUGGAAAAUUCACGCGAUGAUCUUCUCUACGAGCUGCACAAGCAGCCCAAGCAACACGCCUCCGAUAAGAUUACGCUCAAGCGUCACUUUGAGAAGGUCGAUCAGGUGUCGCAAGCGCUGGAGAAAAAACUGCGUCUCAUCAUUAGUCGCACUCUGAACACGGUGCGCAAGAAGCCAACAGUAAUUGUGACGGCUUUACGCAUCAUCGAGCGCGAAGAGAAGAACGAUCAAUUUGCUCUGCAGCAACAGAAAGUCACCAAUUUCCUGCCACCAGGUCGGCCAAAGGCGUGGCGCAAAAUGAUUAUGGAUGUGCUGCAGGCAGCUGUAGUCACACGCAUCGAGGGCUCCAAGCUGGAGGAGCGUGCGGACAAUAAAUUGUGGCUGGUGCGUGACUUGGAGAUACUGCGUCAGAUCAUUCUGGAGGAUUUGCGUGUGGUCAAGUCACUGUGCGUGCCCUGCUUUCCACCGCACUAUGAUAUUUUUAAUGAGUAUGUCAAGUUCUAUCAUGAUGGCCUCUCGAGCUAUCUGGACAACAUUGUUAAGUCGGGACUGCAGGGCAAUGAGUAUGUCUCGAUGCUGGCCUGGGUGAUGCACACAUAUCCGGGUGCUGAUCUUAUGUCGCAUGCAGAUCUCAAUGUGGAUGUGCUAAAGUUGCCGCAUCCGCUGCUGCAUCCGGAGCACUUGAAAUCGCUGGAGGAUGAGUAUCUGCAGAAUAUGGAGCGCAACUAUCAGGAUUGGAUGAAGAAGACCGUCGAUUCGGAGAAACAGGAGUGGUACUCAGAAAUGCUGCCCGAUCAGCGGGAUCAUUAUUACAAUAGUGCCGGGCCCGUCAUCAUAUUCGAGAUGAUUGACCAGCAUCUGCAGGUGACGAAUACGAUACACCAGGAGCUAACAUUCAAGGCGCUCGUCCUGAGCAUUCAACAGGUGGAGCUCUUUGGCCAGACGUAUCUGAAGAAUGUCAUCGAAUUGAAGGAACAUCAUUUUCGCAAUCGCGAUCAGAUCAAAUAUUUUACACACUAUAUCAUUACGAUUGUAAACAACAGCCAGAAUGUUGUUGAGAUGGCCCAGCAGAUGAAGCAUCUGUUCUGGCCCAAAUCUCGCACCGAACACUACGAGGACUUUGAGAAGCUGCUGGCAACGUUUCAGCGCAUUCGGGCGCAUGCCGCCAACUAUUUGCUGGAGGAGGCCUUCCUGGACAUGGAGUGCCAUUUCAAUGAUCUGUUCACCAUCAAGUGGCUGGGCAGCAGCAUUGCUGUGGACACAAUUUGUGUCACUCUCGAUGAUUACUUCCAGGACUAUAAUCAUCUGCUGCCAGCCAACUUCGAGAUGGUCAUCAAUGAGGCACAGAAACUUCUGGCCAAACGUUACAUUCGCGCCCUGCUCUCCAAGCGACUGUCGAAGACGCGCAGCGAGUGUGAUGCGGUCACGCGCAAAAUUAACCAGGAGGCAAAGCGCAUUAAACAGUUCUUUGAGAAGAUUGCGCCAAAGAUUUCACUGAGCGAUUCUCCGCUGGAUUUGAUAACGACGCUAUCUGCUCUAAUUAUUGCGGAUAUUGAAUUGCUUGCCUUGGAUUUGCAUACGCUGCUGGGCAGCUAUCCAUCGCUCACGGAAGAUCAUCUGGUGCGAUUAUUCUACAUACGCAACGAUGUUAAGGCGGCCGAGGUGCGCGAGAAGGUGCAGGAUGCCAUGAAGUCCAAGAAGUCCAUGGUCAGCAUUGCCAAACAGGAUUGUAUCUUCAAAGAGAUCGUAUUUAGUGAUAAACUAUGGUAGUGCAACGAAAAAAAAACUAUUUACUAGGCAUAUUUAUACUGCUUAUAUCACAAGCACAAUGAUCGCUCGCUAAAUGGAAUGAUAUGUUUCCAAAAUUGAUGCUACAUCGCAAACAUAUACAAAAUGUAUUAAUUUAAUGUGCACUUUUUUUAAAUAAAUUAAUAUCUCAAGAUAAAUUU